GUCGGAGACGAUCGCGCGAGCUGGGCUGGUCAAUAACAGCGAGUUAUCUAUUUUCGCGCGCAGUUCUAUACCGGAGGUGAACGCGAUCGGAUGGCGUGAAAAUUUCCCUAACAAAGCGAACCCAACGGAGCUGAAGCGCGCGAAAGUUCUCAACGAUUUUUUUCUUCACUUUGUGGAAAGAUGACGAUUUCUAUCCCGUUGGAAGAAAGACGACACAACGGCACAUCCACAAAUGGCUACCUCUCCGAAGGGACCAUCAACAAUGGAUUCGCUCUUGAAGAUACGCAGGUCAAGAAACCACCCAACGGAAAGGACGAUGUUCACCAUCAUGGACAACAUCACGGACACGACCAUCACUACCACUUGCACCACCAUCACGUGCGGGAAAAGCCGGGUCAUGACUACACGGACGACGUGAUAACGGCGCACGGUGUCCAAGCGCACCACAAAACAAAUUACCUGGAAACCAUGACACACAUGCUGAAAGGAAACAUUGGCACCGGAUGCUAUGCUAUGGGUGAUGCCUUCAAAAAUGGCGGUCUUCUGCUCGCAAGCGUCCUCACCGUAUUUAUUGGGUUCGUGUGCGUGCACUGCCAGCACGUGCUACUGAACUGCGCCAAGAAAGUUCACAUGGACCAACAGGACAAGGGACGGCCGCCGGAUUUCGCCGAAACGGUAGGCUUGUGCUUUGAGAGAGGACCACCCCGGUUUCGGAGGUUAGCCGAACCAAUGAAGUUGGCAGUGAAUAUUUUCAUCUGCGUGACGCAGCUAGGAUUUUGUUGUAUUUAUUUUGUGUUUAUCAGUUCGAACUUCAAACAGAUCUUCGACCGUUACGAUCUAGAAUUGGAUGUCCAUUACCACAUGGCCCUCCUGCUGAUCCCAAUAAUCAUGACAUCGAUCAUUACAAAACUGAAAUUCCUCACGUACUGUUCGAUGCUGGCCAACGUGUUCAUGUCGCUCGGCAUCGGAAUAACCUUUUACUACGCCUUGCAAGAUUUGCCAUCGAUUUCGGAGCGACGAUUCGUCGCCCCGGUGAAACAACUGCCGCUGUUCUUCGGCACGGCAGUGUUCGCUUUCGAAGGGAUCGCCUUGGUGCUGCCUCUGCAGAACGAAAUGAAGAAGCCGCACGAUUUCCGCAAAGCUUGCGGAGUGUUGAACAUCGGAAUGGUGUUCAUCGUGUCGCUGUUUACCUGCUUCGGAUUCGUUGGGUAUCUGAAGUGGGGCGAAGAUGUGGAAGGAAGCUUGACGCUCAAUCUGCCAGAGGGCGAGGUCUUGGCUGAGAGUGUGAAGAUCAUGAUCGCAACUGGUGUCUUGUUAGGAUACGCUCUUCAGUUUUUCGUAGCCAUCAUUAUUAUGUGGCCUCCAGUGCAGUGUCACUUCAACAUAACCAAACACAAAACCUUCGCGGAAAUCUGUUUUCGAAUUAUGCUCGUUCUAGUCACUUUUAUCAUCGCCGAGUGCGUACCAAGUUUGAGCCUGUUCAUCUCGUUGAUAGGGGCUCUUUGCUCGACGGCUUUGGCUUUGGUGUUUCCACCGAUCAUUGAAAUGAUUGUAGCGUACAGUGAGCCGGAUUGUAAGCCUAAUCCGUUUAUGAUUCUGAAAAAUCUGUUCAUCCUGAUCCUGGCGCUAUUGGGAUUUUUUACCGGAAGCUACGAAAGCCUUACGAAAAUCAUCCAGGAGUUGAUGACGUAGGAAAUUUCCUGUUAAUUAGUUGUAAUUACGGGUAAUAGUGAUAAUUUAUUUUGUUGAAUAUGAAAUGACGCGCUGUGCAUUAAAAUAUGACUCGAAUAUUAGAAA